AAUUUGUAAAAAAAGAAUCUGAUGAUGAUCAAACUGAAGUUCCAUUGACCAUUGAUUCUCUGAUGUUUGAUCCUCUUGGGGAUGAAAAGAUCAUCGCUUCAGAUGCUUCCUUGUCAGAAGAGGAGAAAAAGGAGAAUAUCACUCGCAUCUUUACAAGGGCUUCUAGUAAUGGAAACUUGGAAAAAGUGUCAACAAUGUUGGAAACUGUAAGGAAAUACAUUGAUAUUGAUGCCCAAGAUGAAGAAGGCACAACUCCUUUGAUUUAUGCGGCUUGCUUUGGGCAUGAAUCUGUUGCAUUCACGUUAUUGGAAGCUGGUGCUCAAGUUGAUGCUAAAGAUACCAAUGGUUGGACGCCAUUAAUAUGGGCCGCAAAUAAUAGUCGUGAUGCGGUCGUUAAGUUGCUUUUGGACCAUGGUGCGGAUGCCACAGCUAAAACUGCUAAUCGCCGAACUGUAUUUGAUUUUAUGACGCCUGAUCAAAAUCCAAAAAUCGCCGAGAUUUUCAAUCAUAAUCCUCAACGUGACAGUUGGUCAAGUGCUGGUAGCAUAGGCCGUUGGUCAUGGUAUGAUCCUUCCGAUAAUAAGUUAGUUGAGCAAAUGGCUGAAUCUGAAAUGAAAAAGAGAAUGUUAAUGGAAAGUGCCUAUAAUUUGGAAGUAGAUAUGGCAAGUCUUGGGUUAGAUGAGCUUGAG